AUGACCCUUCUGCUUCCCUGGCUAUUACCGGGAAGCGCGGGGCGUCCUGAUCAUUCUGAUCAAACGCAUCCACGGCAUCUGGACAAUCUUGCCGAAGUGGCGUCUCAAACUUCCACGAGUUUUCGGAAUCGGGAUAUCCCCACCACUUUACCAGAUAUUGGGUCUGACCCUGGUGACGACGUCGUCCCACUAGACGUUCCACGUGAGUGGACGUCACCAUUCUCAUCAAGAAGAGCGGUGGCGGGCGGUAACGACUGGGUCGACCGCCGUCCGGUGACUUGCGGUGCUCUUCGAGUUUUUGAGGAUGAGAUCCUUCGUGAUCGGAGCACCUUUGAGCGUCAUGCUGAAGUAGCAUAUCGCUAUGCGGACGCUCUUGAUGAUUUGGAGCGCGUCGUGCGCCGGCUGCCUCGCCUUGAGGACUACCGCGUUCUGUCGGAGCGACUCCUAGCCGUGGAGCAGGCAAAUACGUCGCUGCAGACAAUGGUGGGGCGCUUGGUUCCAUUAGAAAUGGAGAUUGCUGCACUCCGUGCUCACAACCAGAUACUGCUUCAGUUUCUGGGUGGUCGAGGGCCCUAG